UGCUGCAGGCACACCUGGUUCGGGUUUCAGCAGCCAGGGGUGGGUUGGACUCUGAUCCAGAAAAAGCUGCAGUCAGGACGAUGACUGGAUGUCUGGGAGGAAGAGACAGAACUGCGCGUUUCCAGGAAGACCAGGAUCGAGACCAGGAUCAAGACCAGGAUCAGGACCAGGAUCGGGCUCUGAACCCAGCUYGGCUUUAAUCCUCGAGUCUGGAACAAAAGAGCUGAAAGUUUCUGAGGAGCAGAGACCUGCCUCCUCGUAGCCAUGAGCUCACCGGCUUCCUUUGGCAGCAACAUGCUGUUUCAGACCAUAAACGAUGACCUGAACGCAUCGCUGGCCACAGCGGAUGAGUUAUCCAAAGAGUUCAGUUCCUUGAUGCAGGAGGCGUCUUCCAGCAACAACAACAAACCUUCUGGCUCUCAGACCAGCUCAAAUACCUUGAGGAACCAGUCUCAGUCCCUUGGGUCUCCCAGCCUGUCCAGCACCAGGUUGUCUUCAGGAUCCAGCUCCAAACCGUUCUCGUCCAACCAGACCUACUACAGUUCCAUCGACUCCGGCCUCUCCAGCAGUGGCGGCAUAAAUCUCMCGUCCCCACCUGUUGCCUCGUUCGGGUCUUCGGGUCUGUCCAGCUCCACRCUGUCCUCUGGACGGUCCUCCAAYGGCAGUCCUAGCUACAAACCCUUCUCCCCGAGUCAGACCUACUUCAACCCCAUCGAAUCAUGCCUGCCCAGCAGCAGAACCGCAUCGUCCCCGCCCAUCUCCUCCAUCAGUCCGCACUCGUCCCCGAAGAUGCAGAGGUCCCCGCGUCCUCAGCAACGAUCCAACGACAACUUCUCCUUCUCCUCGCGGUCCGACUCCCCGUCUUAUUUUGAAAGGAGCCCGCAAGUCUUGAUCGGUUACAARGAGAGGACGAAUUCCCCGAGCCGAAAGGACCAUUCACCUCGCUCCUCUUCCCCCCACACCCUGAGUCCGAACGAAAGCAGCAUGAUGGGCCUCAGGUCCCCUCGACACGACAAGGGUCUCUCGCCGCUGACGUUCAAACUGUAUUCCAGCACCGUGCCCCGAAAUCUUUACGGCUCGGGACAAACUGAUGAGAACAUGAAACGACAAAAAAGUCCCAACAAGUGGAACGAAAGCGAUCUGGACGCGACCUACGAGAGGAAGCCUCAUCACAGCUACGACAAGACGGAGUGGCUGCGGUCGCCUGCGCCGGGCGGCARCUGGCGGGAAUCCAACCUGGACGGCCCCCCGUUUGCCCCCAACCCUAAGAAGGAUCUUCGCUUGCUCCCGCAGCAGGGCUCCUACAGCUCCCUGCCUCGGAACGCCCGCAUCGCGGUCCCGCCGGACGUUUCGUCCCAAGCCCAGUUCCACAGAGAAAUGAAAAACACCCCGUACUACUCKCAGCCCCUGUCCCGCAUUUCUGUCCCUCCCACUUCCUCUCCGUUUCCCCAACGGAAGGCCCUGCCACUCUCGGUCAUCCUGCGCCUCCAGAACCCCUACUUYGGGGCGAUGACGUCACACCCCUCGACGGUUUUAGGAGAAGAAAGAGACUUUCCACCGUACCAGCCUCCUGUGCCCAUCCUGCAGGAGUUCUUCCACCAACCUGAUUUCCAGCCACAGCAGCAGCCGCCCGUGUACAGUGACGUCCUGCACUCCGGAGAUGUGGACGCAGAAAUCGAGCRUCUGGACAGCGGUUCUGAUGUUCCGACCCCGGCCUUGCCCGGUGCAGGUGGGGAGGCGGAGCAGGCCGUGCCGCCCGCCCCCCGGCCCCUGAGCCCCACCAGGCUGCAGCCCRUGGUGGCCCCCGAGGCCCGGAGCCAGGAGCUCCCCGACUCGGAGGAGCUGCUCCGCAUCAGGGCGGAAAUCCCCCGCCCCCUGAAGAGGCGGGGCUCCGUGGAYCCCACGCAGCCUCAGAACAAGGCCUCGCACUACCAGCGGAACCAGUACAAGUACGCCAUCAGCAACUUCUUCCGCAGGGACCGCAGCAAGGGGGAGCAGAGGAGCGAGAGCGGCAGCUCCUCGGACGGAGAGGACAGCGUCCCGCUUCCUCCUCCUCCUCCUCCGCCGCAGACGUCCAGAGUUAUCCCGCCAGAAGUCAAAAACUAUCCCACCAUUCUGCGCAAGUCCAGGGAUCGCAAGAAUGCCGGGAGGAGAGCUCGGCUCAACCCGCUGGUCCUGCUGCUGGACGGGGCGCUGGUGGGCGAACUGGACACGGUGAAGAAAGCCGUGCAGGAGAUGACCGACCCCAGCCAGUCGAACGACGAAGGCAUCACGGGUCUGCACAACGCCGUCUGCGGGGGGCACCGCGACGUGGUGGACUUCCUGGUUCGCAUUGGGGUCAACGUGAGCGCGCCGGACAGCCACGGCUGGACUCCGCUGCACUGCGCGGCCUCCUGUAACGACCGCGGUCUGUGUGAGUUCCUGGUGAGGAACGGAGCUGCUGUCAUGGCCAUGACGCACAGCGACGGGGCCACCGCCGUGCAGAAGUGUGACCCGUACCUGGCCGGGUUUGAGGACUGCGAGGGCUACCUGAGAGGUGUGCAGGAGGCCAUGGGCGUGGAGAACAGCGGCGUGCUCUACGCUCUGUGGARCUACCAGGCUCAGGCGCCCGACGAGCUCAGCUUUAAAGAUGGAGAYAUGGUCACCAUCCUGCAGAAACCAGAAGGUUCUGACUGGUGGUGGGCCUCGCUCUACGGCAGGGAGGGCUUCGUUCCAAGCAACUACUUUGGGCUUUUUCCAAAGGUUCGUCCCAAAUCUCUCUGUUAGGUGUCCCGGUGUGAGACGGAUGUGAGACGGAUGUGAGACGGUUGUGAGAAGGUUGUGUUGCUGUGAGAACCGCGGGGUAAAUCCCUGCUGGAGAAAAACACUUCCAACUAAGACUCCUCUACUUCCUGUUCAGCUGUGCUUCAGUCGGACCUCUCUGACUCGCCUCCAAACGCUGACUCAUCAGUUCACUCAUCGGUGAGGGGUGUGUGGACAAACUCAUGACCACUCGGUUAGGAAGUCAACCUUAACGCUGGAACAUCCCCACAAAAAAAAAAGAAAAAAGAAAAGAAGAAGAAGUAGCGUCUGUGCGAUGUGAAAGUAUUUAGAUAUUUCUGGAAUCUUUGCAGAUGUGACGGCGUUUAGAGGUAUUUUUGUGUUUGUUUUUAUUCACUCUGAUGAUGACGUUCGUGGUUCUAGUUACAGAAUGAAUGUUUGAAUAACGUGGCUGCGGCAGACUUUACACAGUAUUUUUAAAGGGAUAUUUUGGACAUUUAGAAGUGGGGCUCAAUGGAAAGACUUCCAAAGUGUUUUUUCUUUAAAACAAGUAUUUCCAAACUUUCUACACACCAACAGUGUUCCUUUCCUCCUAGUUAUUUGUAUAACAUGAACAGCUCAACAAACUAUCUACAACAGGUAAGAUAGUUUUUAACUGUUACACAGAACCAGACUUCAGAAUGGCUGAAAUAUCCCUUUAAUUGCAAUAAUUCCCUAGUAUUUGUCGGGUUUCUGAUUAGCUUGUAGUCGUUGCACAGUCUUGUGUGUUGUGAUGUCUGUAUGAUGAGCGGUGUUGAGUCGGGACCAUGGAACGGGUCUGUAAAACACGGGGAUGCAUGUGUUUGUUGGGUUUUAUGUCAUGGGUUUAUUAUUUCCCCCCUCUUUCUUCCCUGUAAAAUCUGUGCACUUUAACUUUAACACCUUCUGAGUGUAACACAAAGUGUAAAGUUUUAAUAUUCAAUAAAAAAAUAAGUAAGAGUC